AUUACUCGAAGCCCCCGACUGCACCGUUCUUCGGCGGAGGAAAAUUCCAGUCGGGAAGCAUUUCUCCGAGUACGAAUGAUCAACUGAUGUUGAGUUUUCCAUUAACUUUUUGAUAUGGUUCGACUUUGUUUCGGCCGCGAUCGGCAAUUUCUCUUUCUUUGGUCUGUUUAUAAUUUCCGGCGAGCUGAAAUCCAGGGAAUUCCAGGUAACCAUUGGAUUUCAAAUGUUACGAGCAUCUUGCUAUGAUACUAUCACUUUCGUCUUCACAAGAAUCUCAGCGAAAGGGAUGUCGGAAUGUUACCGAUUAGGAAAGGAAAUUUGGCAACCUUGUUAUUGCCUCUGAAGCAUUGGGUUACUUUGCAGAAUGUGCAGCUUGGGAGCGAAAUUGACCAAGUAUUCUCUUUGCUCUGCUCUUAAUUCUUGUGCUAAAACAAUUAAUUUGUUUUUGGGUCUGCAAAUUCAUGCGCAGAUUGUCAAAAUAGGAUUUGAAGAUAACUUAUAUUUGAACAGUGGACUGGUUAAUUUAUACUCCAAGUGUAAUGCCAUUGUGGAUGCAAAAAGGAUCUUCGUUCAUAUGAAGACUCAUGACCAAGUUUCUUGGACCUCUAUAAUAUCUGGGCUUUCCCAAAAUGGGGCUGGGAGGGAAGCCAUCUUGAUGUUUAAGAAUAUGUUGGUAACUCAGGAUAGACCCAACUGUUUUACUUAUGCCACUGUUAUUAGUUCAUGCCCAAGUCUGAAGGAUGAACUUCCGAAUCAUCUUACAACUUUGUUUCAUGCUCAUGUUAUCAAACUUGGUUUUAUUUUUUUUAGCAGUUUUGUAAUUAGCUCCGCUAUUGAUUGUUACUCAAAACUAGGAAGAAUAGAAGAAGCUGCCCUGCUCUUUUAUGAGGCAAAUGUGAAGGACAAUGUCAUAUUUAAUUCUAUGAUAUCAGGGUUUUCUCAAAACUUGUAUGGGGAAGAGGCAUUAAAACUGUUUGUAGAGAUGAGAGCUAGUAAUUUGAGCUCAACUGAUCAUACAUUAACUAGUGUUUUAAAUGCUUGUGGAAGUCUAACAGUACUUGAACAAGGAAGACAAGUGCAUUCUCUAGUUACAAAAAUGGGAUCAGAGAAUAAUGUGUUUGUGGUCUGUUCUUUGUUAGAUAUGUACUCGAAAUGUGGCAGCGUUGAUGAUGCAUUUAUCAUAUUCAAUCAGACGGUUGAGAAGAACAGUGUGCUUUCGACUUCGAUGAUAAUGGCUUUUGCUCAAUGUGGUAGAGGCUCAGAUGCCUUAAAGCUCUUUGAGAGUUUGUUGACUGAAGAAGGUUUCUUGCCUGAUCAUGUCUGUUUUACUGCAGUUUUAACUGCCUGCAACCAUGCAGGAUUACUAAAUGAGGCAGUUGAAUAUUUCAAUAAAAUGGGCAGUGAAUACAGAUUAGAUCCUCAAAUUGAUCAUUAUGCUUGUUUGAUAGAUCUCUAUGCCAGAAAUGGGCAUGUAGAAAAAGCUAAGGAGUUGAUGGAGAAAAUUCCUUAUGAGUCUAAUUACGUAAUGUGGUGUUCCCUUUUAGGCGCUUGCAAAGUUCAUGUAGAGGUCGAGCUCGGGAGGGAGGUAGCAUAUCGACUCAUCGAGAUGGAUCCAAGUAAUGCUGCACCCUAUGUAACUCUUGCUCAUAUCUAUGCUAGAGCUGGUUUAUGGACACAGUUGGCUGAUAUUAGAAAACAGAUGCAACAAAAAAGGGUAAGGAAAAGUGCAGGGUGGAGCUGGAUUGAGAUAGAUAAGAAAGCGCAUGUCUUCUCAGUUGGUGAUGCUACUCAUCCUAAAUCCUGUGAGAUUUAUUCAAAACUUAACCAACUGGACUUGGAUAUGAGAGGAGAUGAACAUGCAUCAAAAGCACUUGAAUUCCUUGAGUUUUAAUGGCAAUGAUGGAAUGGAGUUCUUGUUUGAAGUUCUGAUAGACUAGUUGGAAAUGAGAAUCUUGUUUUAAGAUGAGAGAUGAACCAUCGUAUUUGUUUAGUAGUGGAAUUAUUUUAGUAAGAUGUAUAUGAUAAAUGAAUGACUCAAUCCAUUUUUAGUUGAACU